AUGACUGAGAAUGUAAUGGCAGGUUUUCUUAACUAAUCAUUCGAAACUGAUAAUACAAAAGGCAACUUAUCUGUUACAGGCUAAAAAUUAAUAAACAACUAUUAGAAAAGAGUUUAGAAUCAACUGUUAAUUUCAAUUAAAUGCUCAAAAGCCAUAGACCCUAAACGUUAUGAAAAAUUAGUCUAGCAAUUUCAAGAAGACAGUUAGUUUCAAUAGAAAAGUAGAGAGAGACUUAAAGCUAACACAUCAUCUCAGGGGAGCUUUCCUGCAAUUCAAUAUUAAGACCAAACCUAUUCUACGAGCUCAAACCAAUAGAAGCAGCAACAUAAUAUGCUACAAUCAAAAUCAAGAAAUGAAAGAAGUUUCAUUAAGCCUAAUUAAAGAAACAAGACUGCACUUAAUUUUCAUAAACCCAAUCACUCUUUCUACUAGGGCGAGGAAAAAGCAUCGCCUAAUGGGAUUAGCAAAGUGAAUUCAUUGCUCAGUAACAAUUAAGAUUAUAUGAGCAAGUCAUAGUAUUAGGACUCUUUAGUUUUUAAUAAGAAUUCUUCGUCAAUUAACGAUUCUAACUAGAAAAUAUAAGAAAAAGCAUUGAUAAACCUGAGGAAGACUCUUUAUUAAAAAGGUUUUGAUGAUAGGACAAUAAAUGAGAGCUAUUAUGAUCUCUACCAUUUUUAGAUUGAUACUUAGAAUGACAACAUCUCUCUUAAUAAAUAUGAAACAUCUCCCAAUGUAAAUAUCCUAAACUAAUCUAGAAAUUCCAUUCAUAGUAGCUAUCUUAAUAGCAAGGCAAGACAGACAUUUAAUGGCUCUAGCAUUGACAACUAAAAUAUGGUAUACGGUCUCAACAAUUAGAGUUCAAAAUUCUUUAAUGUUAACAAAUACUUCCAAAAUAAAAGAGUUAGCUAAGAGCCUGUAUAUAUAGAAAAUCAGAUUUCCGAAGAUUUAAUAAAGGAUUCGCCGUCUAUCAAGCAACAUAAGCGAAGAGGUACUCUUGCAUUUCCAUAGAAACAAUUCAUGAUGAAUCUUUAGUCUACAAACUUAGAUUAAAAUCCGAAUGAGAUUUCUCAGAUCAUAAAAAGAAAGUAGUAAUCAAUUUUGUACUGCAAAGAGAUUGACGACAAUGCAGAAGACUACUUUAGUUUUGAAUUAUAAUAGCUUCGAGGCUUAAAUAUUGAUUAAUUGAAACUUGCUUAUAGCAUCCUCAUGAAGUAGGCUAAUCCUCUAUUUUCUGGUUCUGUCAACACACUUAUUAAUAAACUUGACUUAUCCAAAUUGAAUGACUAAAAGAAAAGCAAACUAAAUAUCAACUAAGUAUCACCUGAUAAAAAGAAUUUCAGUGAUGUUGAGUUAAUGCUAAUGGAUGAAUUAAGAUCAUGCAAAGAUAAACUUGAAAAGUAAGAAAUUUGCUAGGCUUUAUGGUCUAUUUUGCCACAUUACGCUUAGAUACCAGAAUCAAGAGAGGGUGUCUCAAUUUAAAUUAUAAGAGAUAAUGUUUACAUUUAUGGAGGGUUUUCAAGAGAGCUAUUCGGGUAGAUUAGAAUAUAUGAUUUUUGUUCAGGGAAAUGGAGUAUUAUCGAUAAUACAAGUGAAACCCCAAAGUACAGAUUCUCUUAAACAAUGGAAGUAUUUAACAGGAAACUAUAUGUUUUUGGAGGAGCAGGUACUUAUGUCAACUAGAUUAAAAUGAGGUUGGGCUAUAAUGAUUUACACAUCUUUGAUACAGUUUCAGAAACAUGGAAUCAAGCUAACUUAGAGGGAUCACCAUAAAAGAGAUACAAUCAUGCAUCAGCUAUUUUUGGGAGCAUCAUGAUGAUUCAUGGUGGAUUCUUUGCUGACUAAAGAAAACUUCUCAAUGAUUUCGCAUUAUUUGAUUGUGACAUGAAUCGAUGGAUAAUGACAAGAGUGUACUGCAAUCAAGAGAGAAUUGAUGAUAAAAACUAUUAAUACUCUCAAGUAACUGAUUAAGUUAUUGGAUUCAGAUAGAUGCAUUCAAUGACUGCUAUUUAUGAGAGAGAAAAUUAUAGUAUUGAAAACAAAGGUGGUAAAGCAUUAUGGAGAUAAAGAAGAGUUUAUACUGACGAAGAAAGAGAACAAGGACCUUGCUUAAGUGAAGGAGUUUACCUGUUUGGUGGAUCAGAUCAAAAGGGUUAAUUAAAGAAUGAUGUAUGGUUUAUUGAACCAUACUAUAAAGAGUGUUAACAGAUAUUAGCAGAGAAUUCGUUUGAGUAUUUGGAUAAACCAACCCUUACUUUAUAUGCUAAGAAAAUCGAGAACUAUAAAGGUAAACCGCCUUGCCCCAGAUCAUAGCAUCAAGCAUCGUAUUUUAGAGAGGCAUCAACUAACUACUACUACUUAGUUAUAUUUGGCGGAAGAAACGAUUCAAUUUUUGCUGAGACUUAAAAUGUUGCUUUAAAUGACAUUUGUAUGUUUAAUGUGGUGACUAAUGAAUGGACAGCGUUAGCCAUAUAUGGACAGAUUCCAACUUCAAGAUGGUCUCAUGGCUUUACUAAGCUAGAUGACAACGGUAAAUUUAUACUCUUUGGAGGUGUUAAUUUGAAGUCCUAUUGCAAAUCUAGACUCUAUCAAGUUGAAAUCAUUCCCUAACAAAGAAAAAGAGAUAGAAAUGCUGAUAGAAAUUAGAGAAUUGACUUUAGAAUUUAGAACCUAGUAACGAGCGUUAAAAGCAAAAUAGAUAUCAUUAAGGAGCUGAUUAAUGUCAAGCAAGAACAACUCAAAUCAGAAUAGCAAUCGCAAUAAUACAAUUUUGAAACAGCCAAUAAGUAAAACAUAGAUUAUAUAAAAAUAUGA